AUGGCGUUGAUGGGUGUGGGGAGUGGCGCUGCCUACCGGCCGCGCGAAUACCAGCUCGAGAUGCUGGAGGCUAGCCGCAAAGAGAACAUCAUUGUCGCUAGGAUCUGGUUUCUAGUCCCCACAGUGGCGUUGGCUCUUCAACAGCAUGAGGUUAUCAGCCGACAAGUUCCAUCGGUCAAGACUAAAGUAUUGACUGGCCUUGACAGUGUCGAGUUAUGGACAGAGCAGUCAAUAUGGGAUGAAGUACUGAAAGAUGCCCGAGUGGCUGUCGCAACACAUGCCAUUCUAGCAGAUGCUCUGACCCAUGGCUUUGUCAAGAUGUCUCAGAUUGCGCUCCUUGUCUUCGACGAAGCGCAUCAUUGCAUGAGACGUCAUCCAGCGAACAAAAUAAUGCAGAAUCACUAUCACCCAAUGCUGCAGCGCUCGGCACCCGCUGCUGUGCCCCAUAUCUUGGGACUAACUGCCAGUCCAAUUGUCCGGUCAGACCGGAAGGAGCUUGAAUUGAUCGAAGCAAACUUGAACGCAGUUUGCAAGACGCCUAAAGCCCAUCGCUCCGAGUUGCUAGAGAAUACUCACCAUCCUCAACUAGAACGAAUUAGUUAUAAUCCGGCCAUCCAUGAGGACUAUGGUCAGGGCAGCCGGUUUCUUCAGCCCCUUUUCAAUUGCUGCCUGUCUUACAACAUCGAAGAAGAUCCGUAUAUCGAGGCGCUCCGCAAGGAGGGAAAAUCAGCUGAAUUACAAAAUAUCCUAGCAUCUGGCAAGACAUACUGUAACGAGCAGCUAAAGAAGUUUCUGGAAGUCAGCCGCCAUAUCUACGAAGAACUGGGCGGCGCUGCAGUCGAUUACUACAUUGGAGCUUCGAUUGACCAUUUCCGAAAUUCAAUCAAUGAUUCUAGUGAAUUGCUAGACUGCAGUCAGUUGGAGAGAGUCUAUCUUUUGGAAUCGCUCGACGGGAUGCCUCUCAGAGACGUGAGCAUUCAUGAAGGCAAUCAAUCUUCCGAAAAGCUGGACCGGGUGAUUGACUUUUUGGUGAAAAUGGACCAACCGGAUUUCUCUGGUUUGAUAUUUGUCCAACGCAGAGCAACAGUCAGUGUUCUAGCUCGGAUGUUGUCAAUCACUCCAGCCACGCAAAAUCGCUUCCAGUGUGCUCCGUACGUCGGGUGGUCUACAAACAGACAUCGCAAAGAAUCCCUUGGCGACUUGCUCCAUCGAGAUAUGCAGCGGGACACUUUGGAAGAGUUCAAGGCGGGGCGAAAAAACCUGAUUGUCACAACUGAUGUCCUUGAAGAAGGGAUUGACAUGAGUUCCUGCAGUAUGGUCAUCUGUUUUGACAAGCCUGGCAACGUGAAGUCUUUUGUGCAGCGGAGGGGCCGUGCUCGCCACCUGAAAUCCACCUAUGGUAUGAUGAUCUCGACUAAAGACAUGGCAUUGGAUCUAGCAAAUUGGGUUCAGCUGGAGCAAGAAAUGAUUCAGGCAUAUCAGGACGAUCAAAGUGCCGCAUUGACGGCCAAUGAAGCAAUGCAGCAUUUGCACCAUUUCUGCUCGGUCCUGCCAGUCGAUGAGUACGUUGACAAUCGCCCGCUAUUCUCAUUCGAAGAGAACAGUACAGGUCUGAAACGCGCCACUGUCACUCUUCCAAACUCUGUUCACCCUGCCGUGAGACGAACCCAGGGAAAGAAGUGGUGGCGUACAGAGCUCGCAGCUCGGAAGGAGGCUGCAUUCCAUGCUUAUCAAGCUCUGCAUGAGUAUGGCUUGGUCAACGACAACCUUCUGCCACUGACCAGAAAGGCAGAGCUCAGAUUCACUGAUCAAAAGAACUUGCCAUCCGUGGUGGACGCUAUGGAACAGUAUGACCCAAUCGUCGACAUUGCACACGCGUGGACUUCAGGACAGCUUUACGAGACCCGCCUCCGUGUGGAUCGUGAUGGCUCGGUAGAUGAAAAUCUAGCAAUAUCCAUGAUUUUGCCCAUCCCGUUGCCCAUGCCAAGUCCCAUUACUCUCCACUUGGAGGUUGACACGACUUUACUCCUAUCAUUUGAUCAGCCGGUGCUAGUUGCCGAUGUCUCAGCUGAGGCACUGGAUCAAAUGAGAAACACAACAGCACUCUAUCUUCAAGCCCCUAGCUCUCGAGAGCGGGGGCCAGAGCGAGAUUUUGUUGUUCUCUUCGCUCCUGCCAUUCCCUGGCAACAGUUACAGGAAUGGCUAACUCAGCACGACGGAAGAGAGGCAUCUUUGGACUUGUACAACCAAGGCAAGCAACCUUCAGGCAUCAUUCGCGACCAUGGCAAGUUCACCGAGCCACGCACAUUCGUCCGAUGGAUUAUCCCUGAUCAGAUCACGAAAUCAACUCCGGUGGAAGUGGAAUGUCGACCUCUACCUCGGCGACGUAAUUUACUCCAGACGCGAGCUGUCAACACGGAAGACGGAGACGCAGACUCAGUUAAAAAGCUGUACACCAUGCCUGCAUCCGCUGUCACUGUUGACAAGCUCCCGCUUCGACAGGCAAUCUUCGGUCUUUUCAUUUCUGCUAUCCUCGAUCGUCUGCAGGCUUCUUUGGUAGCCCAUCGAUUGAAUGACACCAUUCUGAAGGGUGUGGGAAUCAAAGACAUUAGCCAUGUGAUCACAGCAAUCAGCACGCCCAUCGCCCAGGCCACCACCAAUUACCAGCGUUACGAAUUCUUCGGUGAUUCCGUCCUGAAAUUCACGGUCAGCUGUCAGCUCUUCUUCACCAACACCAAAUGGCACGAAGGAUAUCUCUCCGAAAGCAGAGACAAACUCAUCCAGAACAGCCGCCUCGCCCGUGCAGCCCUAGACAACGGAAUCGACAGCUUCAUCUUAACAGACCGAUUCACACCACGCAGAUGGGCCGCCCCAAUUAUCUCAGCCAAACAAACCCAGCCAACAAAGAAACGACAAAUGUCAACAAAGGUCCUCGCAGACGUAGUCGAGUCCCUAAUUGGCGCAGCCUACAUGGACGGCGGAAUCCACAAAGCCCAAGCCUGCCUCCACAGAUUCCUCCCAGAGAUAACCAUGUUCACAAGCGAAAUCUCACCAGCAAUCGUCCCAGCCGGCAGGGGCGUGAGCAAUAUAAUCAACCAGCACAGCCUCGCAAAACUAAUCGGCUACACAUUCAAUGACCCAGCCCUCUUAACAGAGGCGCUAACCCAUCCAUCCUGCGAAUACGACCUAUGCACGCAAUCCUACCAACGCCUCGAAUUCCUCGGCGACGCAGUUCUCGACAUGGUCGUCAUGGCAGUAUUCCCAAACCAUCCAGUAGAAAUGGACCAAGGCGCAAUGACCAUCCUCAAACACUCUGUUGUCAACGCAAACCUGCUUGCAUUCCUGUGCAUGGAUCUAGCCGUGUACGAGGAAUCAUCCUCCAUGCCCCAGUUCUCCACAAAUGGAAGGCGACUCAGCAAGACACCCAGCUACGACCAAAUCCACCUCUGGCGUUUCCUCCGUUCUCACGGCCCGAAUAUCACAGAUGCGCGCGAAGUUUGUGUCCAGCGGUAUCAGUCACUCCGUGACCGGAUCCACCAUGCGUUGGACCACGCCACAGCAUAUCCAUGGGAACUCUUCGCACGUCUUGCAGCAGACAAAUUCUUCUCUGAUAUCAUCGAGUCUGUCCUUGGCGCGAUAUUCGUCGAUUCAGGCGGAAACCUGGAUGUAUGCCAUUCCUUCGUUGAGAGACUGGGUCUGUUGUCCUAUGUUCGCCGGGUCAUUGCUGACGAGGUCAAUGUCGUUCAUCCGCGGAAUAUCGCGCAGGCUAUGGUUAAGGGGGCUGGCACUUUGGUUUUCAAGAGAAGACGGGUUGAGAUGAAGGGGAAGCCGGCUACGUAUCGAUGUGCGGCUAUUGUGAAUAAGAAUGAGAUCGCGCUUGUUGAGGGGUUUGCUACGGCUGAGGAGGCGGAAGUCAGGGUUGCUCUUGAUGUCAUUGAGCAUUUGAAGGUAAAUCCGAUGGUUGAGGCGUCUUGA